AUAGAUUUAUUUAAAUGAACUGGAAUGUUCCUCUAUGACUUGUCUUUCGAUCAAUUUCUUUCGUUUUGAUUCGCUUAAAUUUUAGUAUAGUGAAAACCUUUUGGUUUUCGGCAUUUUGGUUUGCGGCAUUUCCCAGGACUAAUAUUCAAAAUCUUCCGGGUGAGCACUUCCCCCAAAGCUGCAAGAUAUAAUACUCUCGCCUUCGGCGUUCGUUUACUCACACCCCUCUCUAUAAAUCCUCCAUCCACCCCAGAUUGAGUGGUCAAAUAUUAGAAGUCCACUUCCUUCGAUGACGUCAUUACGACACGGAAAAAGAAUUGUAUCGAAAACAAAACCAAAUAAAUAUUCUAACGUCAUGGGUUGCUAUGUCAUAAACCUGUAAACAUAAUUUCUCACGCAUUUCACGCAUUUUUUAUGCAAAUUUUAUGAACUAAAAUUUGGAUUGUUGACAGAUUACCGUCGUUUCUGUCCCUUCUCUACGUUUUAACCGAAGAAAAUCGUCAAUGCUCUCACUUGAGGAAGUCUUCGUAAGCAAGAACUAGGAAAUAAAGCGAAGACGAUCGUGGUCGACCAGAGCCGAGUUCAAGGAUUGCAUUCAGUACCGAACUGACGAAACACCGCGAGGUAAAUUAACAGAACAUGCAGAACAAGCACCGCAGAAUGGGUCCGAGGCCGAGUUCUCUAGAAGAUCCUUCGAAGUGCAUAAAGUUCUCGCUAUUUUUCUUAAAUGUUCUCUUUUGGUUAGCGGCAAUCUUGAUCCUCGGUGUCGGUGUUUACAUGAUGGUCGAAAAGAAGGACGCUUACCAGAAUUUAAGCGACUUGUCGUUUGAUCCAGCAGUGCUGUUCGUAUUGCUCGGCGCAGCAUUGUUUAUUAUAACUUUUUUGGGUUGUCUCGGUGCUCUCCGAGAGAACACGUGCAUGCUUUGCUUUUAUGCGAGCAUUGUAGGUUUUCUUUUGCUGGUCGAAGUGGCUUGUGGCUUUUUGGGUUUCUUCUUCCGUGAGAGGGUGCAGGAAGGUAUAGGAGAGAAAUUGAGCAACGCAAUCAAUCUUUAUCGCGAUCCUGAUAAACCCGACCUACAGUUGCUCAUAGAAACCACACAGACCGAAUUCAAAUGCUGUGGAAUCGCUUCCUAUGAAGAUUGGGGAUCCAACAUUUAUUUCAACUGUUCUUCGCCCGGUGUUGAAGCGUGCGGUGUUCCCCGAACAUGUUGUAAGACGGAAGAAGAUAGAAUAAACAGCCAGUGUGGAUAUGGAGUUGGAAGAAUGGAUUCCUUUGAGCGAGAGAAAAGGAUUUACACCAGAGGCUGCCUGACGACUGUUGUGGACUGGUUCAAAAACAAUCUGAUCACCAUUGGGAUCGUGUCGUUCGGCAUAUUGCUACUGCAGAUAAUAACAAUUUGGCUUGCUACGACCUUGCGUGGCCAGGUGUCAGACAUUAAGAGUACCUUCAACAGGCGAUAAAGUGAAUGGGAGUUAGGCUUUCCAGUUGAAUGCCCCAAUAUCUUCAGCUGCGUGCAUUAUGCGUUUUGAUAUUACAAAUUUGACCUUAUAUUCUGCGUAUUCGUAUGAAAUUGUCGGUGCCACCAUAACUAUGGUGCCACGAAAAUGUAAAUGUGAAUAUUCUAAAUACAAUUUAUUAGACUUA